UCCAAAACCUCUCAACUUUCUCACCAAUCCACCCCCUUUUUUCAAACAAAUCCACUAUUUUCGCUUUGACACCUUCUAUUCAACGCUUUCAUCUCUCACCAACUUCUAAUCACAUAUAUUAAUUAUUCCCAUUUUCCACACUUCUCCUUGACAUGCCAUCCAAUCUCUCCCUUUAUUCCACCUUCUUCCUUUACCUCUCUUCCCUUUGUGGCUACUCAAUAACCCAACAUCGCAAGCAAAAGAAACUAAUCUUUUCUGCAACCCCAAAGUUAAUAAAACAAGAUCUCAAACAAUGAACCACGGGUACAUUGUUUAUGAUUUGGUUAUGGUCACUCUAUCCAUGUCCCUCAUAAUUCUCGGUGCUGUCCUCUUUCUUGCAUGCAAGAAGAAGAAACCAGAUGAGUGUGAAGAACCCGUUGCCGUGAAGCACUGUGCUCGAGUGUACUCAUUGAUGGACAUUGACGCUGUCACCGAUAGCUUCAACCCUGGGAGAGUAGUAGGAAAGGGUCCUCUAGGAACCGUGUAUGCUGGGGUGCAGGAGAAUGGAGAGCUUGUGGCUGUGAAAAGGAUCCAUCCCGUGCUUGUGCUGAGCAACGCAGGGCUAGGAUUCUCAUCAGCGUUGAAAUGGCUCUCUUCAGUUCAACAUCCCAACAUAGUUCCUAUAAUCGGAUUCUCAGAAGCACCGGGCGAAAGAGUUAUAGUGAUGGAGUUUGGGCGCAUGAUGAGCUUGGAGUUCUGUUUGCACCAAAACGGUAAUGGGGCAUCGCUUUUGGAUUGGAACAAGAGGAUUAGAAUUGCAGCAGGAGCAGCGAGAGGGCUUCAGUAUCUGCAUGAAGUGGCAACACCAAACAUCGUACAUGGGCGAGUCAAGUCUUCUAAUGUUUUAAUUGAUGUCAACUUUUGUCCGAGGAUUUGUGAUUAUGGUCUCAACUUUUUGGAAAAGAGAGAGGUGGUAGGUUAUGUGGAUGAUGAGUAUUGCGAUGAAAGAGGGGGUGGUGUAAGCAAGGAAAGUGAUGUUUAUGGUUUAGGAGUUGUAUUGCUUGAGCUAUUAAGUGGUAGAGGAUGCAAAGAAAGAGUGAUAGUAGAGUGGGGUUUGGGUUUGAUAAAGGAAUUGAGUUUUGGUGAAGUUUUGGAUCCUAGGUUGGUAAUUCCUUGUGACAUGAAGAAUGUAGUUAGAUUAGCGAAAGUUGCUUCAGCUUGUGUUGGGAAUUCAAGGAAGUGCAGACCUUCCAUAGGACAAGUGGCUACUAUUUUGAACAGCUUAGAGAUGGAAGUGUGCGUGUGAUCGAGUCUCGGAGGAGCUACUUGACGAUGAAGUCUGAUACUGAAUUCAUUGAUACCUUAAAUUUUGGAGAAUGGCGAAGGAGACACGUUACCCAAAUGGGAAAUAAAGUUGGUAUGCGUUUCUCAUCUGUAAAAUACUUGUUUAUAAUAGCUUUACACUGACUUGAGAUGCUAGUGUUUUGCCUGUAAGUGAGGGACUUUGUACCCAAGCUAUUACGACAGGUUCAGAAAUUUCAAAAUCAAAACGUUAAUUGAAAUAGAAGUUGCA